AGUACAUGACAAUUUAAAAUGAUACUCAAACGGUCUGUUAUUGACUGUUCACUGUUAUUUAGUAUUAAUAUUAAGUUAUUUAAUAUUUUAUUUUUAUAAUUAAUAAUUUAAAUAGUAUAUUCUACUUUUCAUUUGUUUUUCCAUAAAUUGUUUGUUCAUACUUAUUUUGAACAAUUUGAACUUCCACCUUUCACCCAACCAACUAACGUGAUUUUAAUUGCUGUAUUGAGUUUAAUUUCGUGAAAUAUGAGCAAAAAAGCAAAAACCACACCUAAAGAAGAAUUACCUCCAGGAUCAUUACUAAAAGAUAUCAACGGUAUCGAAUGGGAAAUCCAAAACAUAAUUGGCAGUGGAGGGUUUGGAUAUGUUUAUUGUGGAACAAAAUAUAAGGCUAGAACAAAAACAGAAUAUGCAAUUAAGACAGAAAAUAUGGAAAGUGGACCCCUGUUUGUGGAACGGAUGUUUUAUCUUAAAAACGUGAAGGAAGAAGAUGUUAAAAAAUGGAUAACAAUUAAAAAGUUGAAAGAAUUACCUCUACCAAGAUUCUAUGGUUUUGGAAGCACUAUUCACAAUAACAAUAAAUAUAGAUUUAUAGUCAUUGAAAAGUUUGACAAAGAUUUGGAGGCAUUUCUUCAAACUGUUUCAGAUAGUUUACUACUAGGAGCUGUCAUUAACAUAGUUCGACAAAUUAUUGAUGCCUUAGAGUUUAUACAUGAAUGUGGAUAUGUUCAUUGGGAUAUCAAAUGUCAAAAUAUAUUUAUUGGUAAAAAGCCAAAAAAUAAUCAUGUGUAUUUAGGAGAUUUUGGUAUGGUAACUAAGUACAAGACUGAAGAUGUUAAGCCAGAUAAAAAAUGUGCCAAUAAUGGUACACUAAAUUAUAUAGCUCUAGAUGGCCAUCUUGGAAUGCAUACGCGACGAGGUGAUCUGGAAAGUUUAAUGUAUAAUGGUUUGGAAUGGUUAAAAAUAAAAUUACCAUGGAAAAAUUUAACAUUGCCUAAAACUAUUAAAUCUAAAAGUGAGAUGAAGGAUGCAAUUUUAGCUGCAGGGCCAAAUAAAAAAAUUUAUGAUUUUAAUAAUGUACCAAAUUGUUAUUUUGAAACCAUGAAUUUGAUUUAUAAUCUAGAACCUGCAGAAAAGCCAGAUUAUGCUUUAUUGAAGAAACUGUUAAAGCAGUAUAAAACAGAAAAGUUGAGUUCAAAAAAAUAACUAAAAAAAUUUACUGUAAUUUUUGUAAAUAAAUAAAUAAUGAAAUGUAGCAAAGUAAAUAGUAUGUACAGUAUUUAUUUAUUUAUAAUUUAUUAUACAAUUAAUUGCAGCAUAAAAGAAAUUUUAUACAUUUUUCUUUAAGAAUAAAUAUUUUUUUUAAUGGACAGUCCAUAAUAUUUUUAUCUAAAAUUAUUAAUUAUUCAAUAAUAUUAUUUUAAGUUUUUAUAUGCACUGAAAUAAG